CAGCUAUACCAGCAGUGUCGAAAAGAUGAGAUCAUGUGAUACAAGUCGCUACCAUAACCUGUAAACUCAAUCAGGUGACCAGUGAAUACAGGGACACGACACUUUUUCGUCUCAACGAGUACACACAUUCACCACCAUAGGCAGCCGAAUUUCUCCUUCUACAAAACCUGCCCACUGAAUUCUACAACUCUCCCUCCUCCAACUCCCCGCUAUCUGACAGUCAAGAAAACCGCUGUCCUACACGCGAAAAAACUGCAAAAUGGGUGAACCACUCAUCAGCGUCGUUUGUACGGCGAAUAUCCCGCCUGCUAUCCUCUCCACAAUCCUAACCAACACCUACGACAAUGACCCCGACUGCGAGCCAGCUCUUAUCCUCCUCUCCACGACCACAAAAUCUGACUGGGAGGCCUACACCCUCGACUCCGCCACUCAGGUCCCAGUCACCGAGUCCUUUGUCUCGCCUUUCGUCGGAAUGACCAUGCAGAAAAUUGCCGGAUGUCUCCGUGCGAAUGCCUCCGGUACCCUGGUUAGUGAGACGUACUUCUACGUUGCGGAUGAGCGAACCGCUGAAGAUCAGACGUUGCUGCUUGUGGAGGUUGAGGGGGAGGGUGUUGAGGGAUUGCGAAGCGUGAGGGUUGCUGGGGAGUGUGCGAAUCCGGAUGGUGUUGCAUUGACGGUUGGGACAAUUGGUUUUGAAGAGAUUGAGAGUUUGGUGGGAGAUGAUGGGGUUUAUCAUGGAUGAAGCUGUUCCUUUGUUUAUUUCUUUGCGUCGUGAUUGCACUUUACGAGGCUAUGAUCCUUUACUUUUUAUAGUUGUUGAAAUGAGAACAGUCGUUGCAAUCUGCCCCUACGUUUGGCAUAAAAUUAUGGACAAUAUUUCUCGUGAUAAGACAUCCGAUUAUGUUGUGAGUUAAUUCAAAUUAAACUCAAACUCAUGCUUUAUCGAGUCUGUGGUGUUGGUCCACAUGGUUCCCGCGGAGAUUG